AUGGGAACAGCAGAUCAAACCAUCAUUUCUCUCUCUCUCUCUCUGGCUCUCGCGCAUGAAGUUGAAGUUGCCCAGGAACACGUCAGAAGAACGCUCGCUGUUGAUUGGCUGCGCAUGCUUAUCGCUUAUCGCUGUCCUCAUCGCAGAAUGACGGUGGCAACAUUCCCUCCGACCUCGUCUCGCGCCUCCUCCAGCCCUUCCACGCACAACAAGCUGUCUUCUUCCUCCCAAUCACUCCUCGUGUCGAAAAGGCUGCAGAUGCUGUCAGGCAACGCAAUGGCUUCUUCUGCCGGCAAUGCCCCUCACGCAAAGCAACUCUCCCGGUCCAGCUCAACGUCAACCACAACUUCAACCUCUUCCUCCAGGUCCAGGCCUUGCCUAACGCUAGACCUCUCCAACCUACCCUCUCUCUCACGACCCAGUCCCCCCAGCAACACGCUCAUCAUUACCGAACUGCACAACCUCAUCGUCUUCCAGCCGGCCUGUCUGACGGCCAUCCGCGAGCAGAUCACCUCCAUCGCACCGCUCAACUCCUUCUCGCCCCUGCCAAGCUUCCGACGAAUCGUCUGCUCCUUUCUCUCCAUCGACGAUGCUGUAAAAGUGCGACAGAACCUCGAAUGCACCAAGACCAUCUUCGACGAGUGCGGCCUGCGAGCACGCAUCUACUUUGGCGAACGCACCCCGAUCGAAAACACAGAGGAGGCAAAACGCAAGAAGUUGCUCGAAGCGCCUCACUCAUCGAAGCUGUUCUUCAUUAGUCCCCCGCCCAGCCCGCCGCAUGGAUGGGUCAUGCGCAACGAGGACCCCCCAAACAAGGAGGUGCAUGCCAGCGAUCUUGCGGACGCGCUGGCUCGUCUGGGAACUGCUGCUGCCGGCCAGUCGGCCCCGGAUACAUCUAGCAAUGAUCCUAUGUCGCCUAUUUCGGUGGCGUCAUAUGGGUCUGACAACAAUAACAACAGUAAUAAUAUCGGCAAUAUCAACCCUAUCAACCCUAACAAUAAAGAGGUUACUCCGGGUCUCGGCCGCGCUGGCUCAUGGCCCUCGUCUACUGGCGCCGGACGCAGCCGCUCAAGCACAUUGAUCUAUCAUCCGAACGAUCAUGGCGGAUCUCCCAAUCUGCCUGCUGUCAUGGUGGAAGAUACCUCCAUUGACGAUGAAGACGACGAGGACUUUAUGAAUCUGAGUUCGGACGGAGAGCCGAAAAAGAUAUUUGCCCAUACCUCCAGGCCGCCCGUCGAGCUAAUGGAGUGA